AUGGAGAUACCAGAUACCCUCGUUGGUAAAGUACCCGUAGAAAUGUCUCCAGGAAAACUGUUCCUGCACAAAGCCUCAGGACUUGAGAGACUGCGUGACCUUCAUGACAUGAAGCUUGGCCACCGCAUCAACAUCACGGCGGCUGCAGGGUCCGGGGCCAGAACUGGAAAGGAAGAAGGGCUGCCCCGCCCACUGCCCCUGCUGGCCCAGCCCAACCUCCCCUUUGGGUACCCGGUCCACGGAGUGGAGGUGAUGCCCCUGCACACAGUUCCCAUCCCGGGUCUCCAGUUUGAAGGACCCGAUGCUCCCAUCUAUGAGGUCACCCUGACAGCUUCUCUGGGGACACUGAACACCCUUGCUGACGUCCCAGACAGUGUGGUGCAGGGCAGAGGCCAGAAGCAGCUUACCAUUUCUACCAGUGACCGGAAGCUGUUGAACUUCAUCCUUCAGCACGUGACAUACACCAGCACGGGGUACCAGCACCAGAAGGUGGACAUAGUGAGUCUGGAGUCCCGGUCCUCAGUGGCCAAGUUUCCAGUGACCAUCCGCCAUCCUGUCAUACCCAAGCUAUACGACCCUGGACCAGAGAGGAAGCUCAGAAACCUGGUUACCAUUGCCACCAAGACUUUCCUCCGCCCCCACAAGCUCAUGAUCAUGCUCCGGAGUAUUCGAGAGUAUUACCCGGACUUGACCGUGAUAGUGGCUGAUGACAGCAAGAAGCCCCUGGAAAUUAAAGACAACCACGUGGAGUAUUACACUAUGCCCUUUGGGAAGGGUUGGUUUGCUGGUAGGAACCUGGCCAUAUCUCAGGUCACCACCAAAUACGUUCUCUGGGUGGACGAUGAUUUUCUCUUCAACGAGAAGACCAAGAUUGAGGUGCUGGUGGAUGUCCUGGAGAAAACGGAACUGGACGUGGUAGGCGGCAGUGUGCUGGGAAAUGUGUUCCAGUUUAAGUUGUUGCUGGAACAGAGUGAGAACGGGGCCUGCCUUCACAAGAGGACGGGAUUUUUCCAACCCCUGGAUGGCUUCCCCAACUGUGUGGUGACCAGUGGCGUGGUCAACUUCUUCCUGGCCCAUACGGAGCGACUCCAAAGAGUUGGCUUUGAUCCCCGCCUGCAACGAGUGGCUCACUCAGAAUUCUUCAUUGAUGGGCUGGGGACCCUACUCGUGGGGUCAUGCCCAGAAGUGAUUAUAGGUCACCAGUCUCGGUCUCCAGUGGUGGACUCAGAGCUGGCUGCCCUAGAGAAGACCUACAAUACAUACCGGUCCAACACCCUCGCCCAGGUCCAGUUCAAGCUGGCUCUCCAGUACUUCAAGAACCAUCUCCAAUGUGCCACAUAAAGGUGUGAGGGCAUAGGAGAAACACUAGACUGGCUGGUUAUGGUAUCCAUAGCAGGCCACCAAAAACUGGACUCCUGAUAGGUGAACAUUGUAGCAAACCAGCUGGUGGGUAGGGCAAAGGGAAAUGGCUCAGUUACUGAAGUACCAAUCAAAGGUGAAGGGUUGUUAGAAAUGAACCAGUCACUGACCAGGGCAGUGGAGACUGUAUUAAUAGCAAUGAUUUGUACAAUGCCCUGCUUUCUAUGAAUCAUUUACAUGGACAGUAUCUCAUAUUAUCUCAUCUGAUCUCACACAGAAGACUACAUUUGUUGGUGUCCUCAGUCAAAAGAACAGCUGCCUGGUCCUUGAUAGUUGUUUGGUGGAGAUUCUGUCACAGUCAGAAGCAUUGGCUCCAGCAUCACUGUCCUCCCUACAUUUGUAUUGGGUUCUAUCUUGUAGACUCAAAAAUGUGAACAAUCUAGGGUCCUUGCCUUGAGGAGGUUUGCAGCCUGGUUCAGUUCAGUCUAAUCACAGAAUCAGGCAGCCAGGGUCAGAGGAUCAGAGAAGGGAAGCCAUUACCAGGUCCCAGGCAGUGGAGGAAGUCUCCGUGGAGUGAACUUGUUAGGAGCCUGAAAGCAGACAUUCAGGCAUCAGAGAGGGCAGGAGGGUCCUGGGGCCAUCCCACUGUCUACCAGAACAAAGGCUGCCCUGGCAUCAGACUUGCUCCAGACCUGUUCCAGAAUGCCAGGGAUUGAACUCAGAGCCCAUGCCAAGGUGUCCAAGGUGUGACGGCAAACAGACAGUGUCAGUGUGGUGACAGGCCACCAAGCUCCAGGGACCUGAGGCCAGUUGCUGAUCACUCAAAACUCAUGACAUUUACAGAGUGGUUCCAUCACUCUGUUGUUGGAUAAGCCUCUUUCUGUUGCCUGGGGGUUGGCAGAUUGCUGAGACCAGCUCAAUCGUGGAGACCCUAACCCAGCAGUGCUGGAGGAAUUAAAGACACACACACAGAAAUAUAGAGGGUGGAGUGGGAAAUCA